UGGGGACGAGAGCACUUCUAGGAAAUCAGAGCAAUGGCGAAUAUCACCCCUGAAAAUCUGGUGAAACUACGAGUUUUGGAGCUUUUUAGCGGAAUAGGUGGUUGGCAUUGUGGACUUGAAGAGAGUCAAGUGCCGCAUGAUGUGAUAGCCGCUGCAGAUGUCAACACCACUGCAAAUGAAAUUUAUACGUUGAACUUCUCUGCAACCAGGAUAAUCAAUAAGGCUAUUCAGGCCUUGUCCGUUGAAGAUUUUGAGAAGUUUAACGCUGACAUGAUAGUGAUGAGUCCUCCAUGUCAGCCGUUCACAAGAGUAGGUCUUCAGAGGGAUACUGAAGACAUUAGGACCAAGCCAUUCCUACACAUUUUGAAAGUUUUGGAAAGCCUUCAAAAUCUACCAAACUACUUGCUGCUUGAAAAUGUGAAAGGAUUUGAAGUAUCUCAGGCACGGGAACUUCUGGUGAACACGAUGGAGAAAUGUGGAUAUGAUCACCAGGAAUUCCUGCUAAGUCCACUUCAGUUUGGAAUACCAAAUGCGAGACUUCGAUAUUACUUCUUGGCAAAGAGGAAACCACUUUCUUUCAGCUUCACUGCAAAAGAUGAGGUCUGGGAGGAGUUGCCAGAAUGUGCAAAAAUCUUCAUGAGGCAUCAGGUCGAUUGUGAAUCGCGUUCUUGUCAAAGUGAUGCAAUAAAUUCGGAGGAGAGUGUUACCAUGGUUACCUCUGGUGUCGAGGAUGUCGGGUGGAUGGGCAGAUGUAACAGAUGCAGUGAAACAGACAGUGAUAUUCAAUUCAAUCAAAACUUUUCUGCUGCUGCCUGUGGAAAUGUAUCUCUAGCCGACGGGGAAAAAGUACCACCUGAUGCUUGUGAUGAGGUGCCGUCUGCUCAAAAAGAAGGUGUUAACAAUGAUUCAUAUGGGAAAGAAUUCACUUCUCAAGGAAUUUGUGAUAAAUAUGAAAAUUCUCUGGAUUUGUCUGAUGAUGAGUUAUUAGCCCAUGAAAUGGUGGAGAGAGAAUUAUCAAAAUAUACCAAACAUUGUCGGACAUUGCAAUAUUAUUUAGAGCAGAAAGACGAGGCGUAUUUUGAUGAAUACCUUGUCCCUGAAGAGAAGCUAAAACGAAUGGCUGUGAUGGAUUUGGUCAAGCCAACCGAGAGGAAGUGCAUUUGUUUCACAAAAGCCUAUGGUCACCACAUGAAUGGAACAGGAUCUAUGCUACAACAGGGACCAGACCCCACAUCAGACGUCCAUUUGAAGAAAAAAGACUUCAGCGAUUCAGAAUGGCUACUCGUUAGGCAGCUCAAGCUACGAUUCUUCACACCCAGAGAAAUCGCUAAAAUCAUGUGCUUCCCAUCUGAUUAUAAGUUUCCCAAGCAUUUCACCAAACGCCAGUGCUAUCGUGUUCUUGGAAACAGCCUCAAUGUUCAUGUUUGCUCAACUUUGAUAAAACUUUUGGUAUUACCUGAAAUACCCAGCUGAUAGUGGAAAAGGAUUUGUCUGGAACACUGAAAGAUGGAACUCAAAGACUAUGAGGGUUCAAAUUGAUAAAAUACCCCAUUGGAAGCAUGUUCGUGGUCAGGCAUGAUUGCCAACUUGUUCAUGACAGGGCUCGAUUUGAAGAACUCCGGUACAUCAUGUGCCAGAUACUUCAUUGAUUUCAUGAGAGACAAUUUAUAAGCUAGAGUAUUUUUCCAUGUGUUAGAUUUUCUCACAAGGACUAAUUUGAAGACUGGAGUGUGUCAAGUAUCUUAGACAUAGGAACCGUAUUUGGUCAGCUGACUUGGCAGCAUUGGCUUACGAUGUUAUGAUAAGGACUGGCUAUUUAUAACUGGACCAUGUCAAGUGCUUGAUAGGCGUAUCCGUGAGUAGGGGAAAAUAGGUUACUUCCUCAUGACAUGACAGGUUAUCAACUUGGGUAUUUUGCCACAUGUAACUGCAUGUAUAUUCUCACCAGAGUUUUGGCACGUGAUACUAUCACAAUCAGGAUACAACUCUCAAAUUUUUCACUUGAUCAGACAGGGCGUGUUGUCCUUCAUUUUUGAAAUAAAUAUUGUGAUGUCAACAUAUACAAAAAAUAUACUUGGACUAUGUCUUGAACUUGA